AUGCCUGACACAGAAAGGAUAGUUGUUUUUACGGAGGAGUCCCUAGAAGACAAUCAGCAGUUUGAAAUGGACCGAGACAGCCGGGAGCUUCAAAUGCGCCAAGAUAUUGCCGUCAUUGAAACCGUCGCCUUUUCCGUCGAAGAAUUAAGACGCGUCCUUAGUCAAAUAAAACCUGGUAAGUCUCCUGGACCCGACGGAAUUCUCGGGUUGAUACUUAGGAAGCUAUCAACGGAGCUGUCAAUGCCUCCUUUGACUCUCUUUGAGCUGUCAAUGAGAACAGGAAGGCUGCCCUCACAGUGGAAGACAGCUAACCUCGUUCCAUAGCAUAAGGGAGGUAGCAGGGUGACAGUAAGCAGCUUUAGGCUUAUUAGCUUAACUUGCCUCCCUUGCAAAACGAUGGAAGCUAUAGUAAACAGCGCUAUACAGCAAUUUUGUGAAGAAAAUAACAUCUUGCAGGAUUUUCAGCAUGGCGUCCGGAGAGGACGUUCCUGCCUCUCAAAUCUGCUAGCUUGUCUGGAGAUCUGGACCAGGGCUCUAGAAGAGGGUUUUGAGAUCGAUGUCGUAUACAUCGAUUUCCGCAAAGCUUUUUACACUGUCCCGCACCAACGUUUUCCUCACAAAUUGAGCGCCAUCGGCAUCCGGGGAGAUCUUCUAAACUGGAUUAGGGCGUUUCUGGUUGGUCGGAAACAACGUGUCUGUGUCGGGGAUGAUAUGUCAGAAUGGGUGAAUGUGACCAGUGGUGUGCCACAAGGCUCAGUUCUGGGACCAUUGCUCUUCAUCCUUUACGUUAACGACAGCCUUCAGGAACUCGACUGCGGCGAAAUAAUGUUUGCAGACGAUGUUAAGCUCUGGCAAGUCAUUAAGGGUCCGAAUGAUCAGAGAUCCCUUCAAGAUAAUCUGCACCGACUGCAAACGUGGUCGAAGAAGUGGCUUCUAGAUUUCAAUGUGGAGAAAUGUGUCAUCCUUCAUCUGCUUCCAACCAACUCUAAUUCAAAUGAGAGCCUGAGGACAUAUCACCUGAAAGAUAUAAGGCUCCCUGCAGAAUCUUCACAGAAGGAUCUCGGGGUUUAG